CUGUCAUGUGAUCAUCAAGCCUGGUGUAGACUCAAGACACUUAUCUUGCCAUUAGAUGAUUACUCUUAACUUCCCUCUCUCCCUCCCUGACGUGAAGAAACAAAACUCAUCAGACAAAGAAAAGUUGCAGAGAGAAAACAGUGAGAAAGAAGAGAAAAAGUGAAGAAAAAAAAUCAGAGGAAAAAUCAUAGAAAAAAUAGACAAGACCUUGGAAGAUUUUCUUUCAUCCUCUAUCUUAGUUCUUUGCUCUAGAGAAGAUCAGAAGUUGCAAGUUCAGUAAGGGAAAGGAUCAUCUGAGUUCUUCUGUUAGUCAUUUGUGCUGCUUGCGAGUCUUGCUGUCUCACUCCAGUCGUCCUUGUACACGUGUACUCCUUUGGUUCCUUCAGCUUGUUUGAGAUCAGUUUCAAGACUUAUUUUGAGGUAACCACUAGGCGGGAGACUUACUCUUUUUGACUAGAAGGAACGGCGUAAUCAGCGAUGCCACCGAGACGAGCACGACGUGGUGGAGCUUAUCUACCGAUACAUAUUUCUUCAUCUCCAGACUCUUCACCGCCAUCUACUCCGGCACCACUUCCGACCCCUAGCUUUGAGGCUACACCUUCGGGCUCUAGCUUUGAGUCUGAUCCAUCUGAGGAUUCAAAUGAGGAUAUUCCAGUUCAGAUGCAGAUGCCUAUGUCACCAGAUCCUUAUUACACAGAUAUAGAGGUUGAUGCUGUUCAUGAUCAUGCUGCUGACCAUCAUGCUGCCCAUGCUGCUGAUCAUCAUGCUGCUCAUGCUGCUGCCGCAGAAGAUAUUCCACAUGUCCAUGCUGAAGCACCACCAGCAGCACAACAUGCGCCUGCGACAACUGAUCCAGCGAUUGUGGCACUUUUAGAAUUGAUGGCGGAGAUGGUAAACUUACAACAUCAAGCUCUCAAUGCACAGCGUGCGCAGCCAGCUCCGGUACCUACCACUUCACGUCCAGACUUUUUGAAGAUUGUUAUGCUCAUGAAGAACUUGGGUACUAGACACUACCGAGGAGGGACUGAUCCGUUCGAGGGUGAUGCAUGGUUACAGAACCUUGAGGGAAACUUCCGCGUAACUCGCUGUGAGGAUGAGUUCAAGAAAGAUGUGGCUGUGUACUACUUGGAGAAGGAUGCAUUGAGCUGGUGGUUGUGUGUAGACCGCUACCUAGGUAAUGUGACAACUACUUGGUCAGACUUUCGUGAAGCAUUUCAGCGGAAGUAUUUUCCACCAGAGGCUAGGGAUCGUCUUGAGGCUGAGUUCAUGGCGUUGGUACAAAGAGAUAAUUCUGUUAGGAGGUACGAGGCAGAGUUCACUCGCCUCAGGCAUUAUGUUCACUACGGCCAGGAGGAUUAGCCUA